UUCUAAACAAUAAAGUACAUAUGUUUUAAUCAGUGCUGAGGAAAUGUCAUCGAAUGAGGAACCGCAAGAAAAUACUAGUGACGUUCUAACAUCAGAAUCCCAAAUCAAUGUACAUGUUGCAACAUUGGAAAAAAUUGACAUUGAACUUCCUGGGUAUAUACAAUCAGACAAAUUGGCGUUCUACAUUGAUAAUGUAUUCACAAAACAGGAGUGUGAUGAGUUCAUUAGAAAAUCUGAAGAAAUUGGUUUUACAAUGGCUAAAAUUAACAUAGGCAGAGGCAGACAAAAAUCAGCUCCUGAAGUUCGUAAUAAUUCUCGGUGCUACAUCGAUAGUUUUGAAGAAAGUGAAAAUAUUUGGGAAAGAAUAAAACAGUUUGUGCCAAGAGUAUGGAAUGGACAUGAAGCAUUGGGACUUAAUGAAAGGUUGCGAGUUUUGCGAUAUGAUGAAGGCGAGUAUUUUGCUCCCCACUGGGAUGGUUCUUACCAGCGAGAUAACAAGGAACGCAGUUACAUUACAGUGCAAUUGUAUUUAAACGAGGGAUUUGAGGGAGGUGCUACAACAUUUUUACCAUUAGAUGACAGCUCAAGGAGUGUCAAAUGUAUUCCUAAAAUUGGUCGUAUCUUGGUAUUUCAACAUGAUAUCCUUCAUGAAGGUUCUGUUCUGGAAUCGGGAAGAAAAUACGCUAUUCGGACUGAUGUGAUGUAUUCUCCAGACAUCUAUGUUCGUGAUGAAGUAAAAGAUUAA